CCCUGGUUCCUGUGAUGGGGACAGUCUCAUGGCGCUGCGGUCCCGUCUUGGUCCUGACUCUGGUCUGCUCCUGUCUCGCCAUCACUCUGGAGUCCAUCCACUGGAGCAGCUCCAACACCAAGUUUGUCCGUGGCCUAGGUCUGACCCUCUACCCACAAAUUGGGGACAAAAUGGACAUUGUGUGCCCCAGAUCAGAGCCAGGGCAGCGGGAGGAGUUUUACCGUGUUUACCUUGUGUCCCGCAGACAGAUGGACACAUGUGUUAUAGAGAAGACGGACACUCCUUUACUAAACUGUGAUAAACCGCACAAAGACGUUAAAUUCACCUUCAAGUUUCAGGAGUUCAGCCCAAACCUUUGGGGCCUGGAGUUUCUCAAAGGGAAGGACUACUACAUCACAUCCACCUCCACAGGCUCUCUACAAGGACUGGACAACAUCAACGGGGGAGUGUGCCGGGCCAAGUCCAUGAAGCUAGUGCUAAGAGUUGGACAGAACUCUUCGGAGCCACUCUCUACACUUCAGGAGUCUCCCACCAGAUUCCCACCCACUCGACCAAAGUCCAAGGCCAAGGAACCAGACCCCAGUGAUGUCAAGGACUUUGCCUCAGAAGCGGGACAAACCAACCCCAGUGGCGCUGAUGGCUCUGAUCCAGGCCUGGUCGUGUGGCUGGUGUCUGGCGGGGUGCUCCUCCUUCUGGUGGCCUUCAUCGUUUCGUUUGUGGUUUUGUGGAAGAGACGUCGUGGUCACUGCGUCCCAGAUGGACCUCAGUCUGCCUCUGUGUCCCUCAACACUCUGACGGUGCCCAAACGGGACAGUAUCAGCAGUGACAUGGGCUCUGACCGCAGUGAUGUGGUCUUCCCUCUCAGGGCGUCUGAUAGUAUGAUCUAUCGCCAUUUUGAGCGUGUGAACAGCGACUAUGGCCCACCUGUGUAUAUAGUACAGGAGAUUGCCCCACAAACUCCUACUAACAUAUACUACAAAGUCUGAAGUCCAUCUGCACAUAUCAGUACUCCAGACACUCAGGUGACUUUUAGUUUUGUACAUUUUUAUUGUUAAAAAACUGGUUUGACAGCUGUCUGUGGCCAUACUAGCACCGAUGUCAUCAACAUUUCCUGGGGGUGUGAUGCUAACUGAAGGCACUGCUCUGUCUGAGGCUUUGUUUUAGAGUUUUGUUUUAACACAAUUUGACCAGGAAUAACUGACUUAGUUAAAACUACAGGUGAG